ACGUGCCGUUUUUCUCUUCUCAGCUUCGGCGGUGGCCCCCGGGGCAUCAAUCUGGGCCAAGUCGAGGCUGGAUUGUGCGUUUGUGAAAGGGGCCUCGAGGGCAGACCAUGAGCCCCAUCCCUUUACGCUCCGGCCUGAAUCCCUCCAGCGGCUGCCGCCUCCCGGGAACGCGGGUGCCAGCCUCGUAAGACCGAGCAAGGCUCGAGAGUGAGGAAGAAAUCGGACCUGACCUGAUCGCAGCCUUUCAGCAGAGCCCCCAGAGGGGAGGCAGGAAGGAGGACCAGGAGGCCUCCGGGGGCGUCUCACUACCCAGUCGAGAGAAGUCUGAAUUUGGCGGGUGGGGUGUCAGAAUCUUCAGAACCGGGAGGAAGUGGUGAUCAUGGAGAGAGAUUUGGCCAAAACGCCCGCGAAGAGAGCCAUGUCUUCCCAGGAUUCUUCCUUUUCACAAGAGAAGAGCACAGAAGAGGGAGAAGUGGCAGCCCUGCGCCUCACAGCCAGCUCCCAGGCAUCUGUGACAUUCAAGGAUGUGGCCAUGGACUUUACCCCAGAGGAGUGGGGGAAGCUGGAUCCUGCACAAAGGGACGUGAUGCUGGAGAACUAUAGGAACCUGGUCUCGCUUUGGCUUCCAGUUUCCAAGCCUGAGAACUACAAUUUGGAGAAUGAAAGGGAACCGUUGAAGUUUGAGAGAAAAACCCCCCAAAGCAGCUAUUCAGACUUGGAGAGUGGACCUGAGAGCAAAGAUUCAACUUCAAUGCAAGAUUUUUCCAAAGAGGAAUCACGCAAGGUUGCAAUAAUAGACAGACUGACGGGGAGUAGUGUCUAUGACACCAACUUGGAAUCUACUCUUGAAUGUGAAAAUUGGUUAGAGAAUCAGCAAGGAAAUCAGGAGAGACACUUGAGAGAAAUGUUCACCUACAUGAAUUCACUCCCUGAAGAAAGAACUCAUGAGCAUGAUGUAUAUUGGAAAACCUUUAGUCAGAAGUCUGUCCUCACUCAAGACAGAGUUCCCAAAGGAUCCUAUGCCUUUCAUACACUUGAAAAACGAUUGAAACAGAAAUCAAACUUAAGGAAAAAACAGAAAACGUAUAAAGAGAAAAAACCUCAUAAAUGUAAUGACUGUGGUGAACUCUUCACUUAUCAUUCAGUGCUUAUUCGACACCAGAGAGUCCAUACUGGAGAGAAACCCUAUAGUUGCAAUGAGUGUGGAAAAUCUUUUAGCCACAGAGCUAAUUUAACUAAACAUCAGAGAACUCAUACUAGAAUUCUCUUUGAGUGCAGUGAAUGCAAGAAAGCCUUCACCGAAAGCUCAUCGCUUGAAAUACAUCAGAGAAUUCACAUUGGAGAGAGACCUUAUGAAUGCAAUGAAUGUGGGAAAGGAUUUAAUCGAAGUACACAUCUUGUGCAGCAUCAGUUGAUUCAUACUGGAGUGAAGCCUUAUGAAUGUAAUGAAUGUGAUAAAGCUUUCAUUCAUUCAUCAGCACUUAUUAAACAUCAAAGAACUCAUACUGGAGAGAAACCCUAUAAAUGUCAGGAAUGUGGGAAAGCCUUUAGCCAUUGCUCAUCCCUUACUAAACAUCAGAGAGUUCAUACUGGAGAAAAGCCAUAUGAAUGUAGUGAAUGCGGAAAGACAUUUAGUCAGAGCACACAUCUUGUUCAGCAUCAAAGAAUUCAUACUGGAGAGAAACCCUAUGAGUGUAAUGAAUGUGGGAAGACCUUCAGCCGGAGCUCAAAUUUUGCUAAACAUCAAAGAAUUCAUAUUGGAAAGAAACCAUACAAAUGUAACGAAUGUGGAAAAGCCUUUAUUCAUUCAUCAGCUCUUAUUCAACACCAGAGAACUCAUACUGGAGAGAAACCCUAUAGAUGUAAUGAAUGUGGGAAAAGCUUUAAGUGCAGUUCAUCCCUCAUCAGACAUCAGAGAAUUCACACUGAAGAGCAACCUUAAAAAAUUAGUAAAUGUGAAGAAAUGUAAGUUGGUUUUAUCACUGUGUUAAAUACCUGAGUGUUUAGGUGGAAGACCCUUAAAUGCUGCUUGAGGACUAAUUUCAUAUGCAUCUAAUUUUAUUUGCAUAGUACGUAUUUUUGAGCCAUAAACAAAAUGUUUCUUAUAUCCAUUGAUUUGAUAAUUGUGAAAGCCAGAGAUUUCAGAUUUUGAUCCCUAACCCCUCCAAAUACCCUUUUGUGAAAAUUUAAGAAAUCCUUGGGAGUUGGGUAGCAAUAUAAUCAUUGUGAAAUCCAGUUUCUCCUUCUCGUUGUCACGUCAAAGCCCUGUUUAAAAGCUCUUACUUUGUAAGGAAGUUCUUAUUGGUAAGUUUAGGCAGAGGGCUCAUGUCCUUAUCACGAAGACAUAGAAUUGUUCCUCUUUGAGUCCAAAGUAGAGAUCCACAUGUACAGAUGGUCACUUCUCCUGAGAGUGUCAUUUCAUUUAGAUUAGCUAUAAAUAUUUAAAAGCUAAGACUUGAAAUAUGCUUCGUAUUUUCUCCCUCCCCAUAGAGGCUACUGUCUAAUUUGAUGAACAUAAAUAUAAACAGACUGUAUUUAUAGCAGGUUCUAAGUUAUGUUCACAUGGAUUAUGCUGGUCAUAGAUUUAGAUAAUCGUUAUCCUUUGGCUAUGUAGAACUUCAUUUUCUACUUCCUUGGAAGUUACCCUGAAGUUGCAUGGGUCAAAAUCUUAACGGUAGUUUUUCAUCAAGUCCCUCUUUUUUUUUUUUUUUUUAAGUCUCUCUUUUCCUAUAAUUGGCAUUCAUUGACUGAAUCCUUGGUCUUGUAUAAUCACAGUAUUAGGGAGAUUUUAAUUCUUUACAUUAUUCUGCUUUCUGUAAACUGCUUUGUCUCUUUGAGAAAAAAGAGAGGACCUGAGAUGUUGAGGACCUGAAAAGUUGAUGGGUUCAAUAUAUUAUUAUAUUUAGGAUGUCAUUCAAGAAGAACUGAAGCAACUUUGAGGCACAAGGACAUAUCUUCCUGUCAGAUAUGGAAAAUAGCUAACAGGACAGUGACUCACUUGAGGAUAAGCAGCUUCCCUCUAUGAAGAAGUUGCCAUUUUUCUGGCCUUCAUGUUUACCCACAUUUUUGUUGUUCUUGUCUCUCUAUAUGUUGGUUGGUCUUUGCUAUAUCCCAGAACCCUAAAGAAGAUCGAAAAGGCUUGGAAUCACAAUGAUAUAUUGGCAUAAGUUACAUGGGUGACCAAAGAUCAGGGAUGGGAUUGGGAACACAAAAGCAAAAGUUCAAAUAAAUAUUUAGAAAAAAAAAAC